UUUUCCUUUUCGCGGGAGCUUUCCUAUUGGCAACAGGUGUCGUAGGUGGAAUUUUAAUCGGCAUAUACGCAUAACACGGCGGGCCAUCAGGUAAAACAAUACAGGUAGAGUGCCUGGUGCAAAGCAGCAACAGCUUAAACCAGCAGACGACAGCUGGCCCUCAGCAGACGACACAGAAACCGACAAACAACCCCACCUACCAACCAACAAAUUGUUCUGUUUGUACCAAACGAGAUCCCAUUUUAGCAAAUAUUGAUCACGAACUGUUUGCUCCGUUAACGGAGAAAGAAAUGGAAAGAGUUCGAAGUGCACUGAUUGCACGAGGAAUAGUUCACACAGAUUUGGGUUCACAAAUAACUUUGAAAUCAAACUACAUUGCAUCCAUAGAUAUCCACACUCCAAACAAGGCAGAUGUAUUGAAGUAUAAAUAUGGAAACGGUGUUUAUCCCGGACGUCAGGCUACCGCUAUCGUAUAUCGAGGAGGUGCAUCGCCACCGGACAUAAUGGAAUACGUUAUCGCACCUUUAGAUAAAGGAGACAGUUUGCAAGUCACACCUCUUUCAGCGCCCGGAGAAAAUGCUUUUACAGCACGAGCAAUCGACUAUGUUGAACAAAACACAGCACUGGAAGUGUUACGCCCCAUAGAAGCUGUGCUUCUUCCCAUCGUUCGAGAAAGUUUUGACAACGCAUACUUUCAAAGCGGGGAUCUGCACUGGUGGCCAUAUGAAGGUCCACCGGGGAUGAAAGAAACCCUUCGUGAGUUGAAACUGCAGCUUUUUUUAAAUCCUGGAAUGAAGGAUGGGGAUUUCCAUCUUUUAGACAUGCUGCCUUUAGCUCUCAUUGUAAACACAACAAGUCAAACGCCCAAUGAUUGGAAUACAUAUGAUUACUAUUAUCUUAACCAAGGUCCAUUUGCUAGUGCACAGGAUCUCAUACAGGCAUACAACAGAGGUUCCAUAAGGAAAAUAAAACUUCCGUCUGGAUACAGAGACACGGUUGCAAAGAGAUACUACACCGGUCGGGAUGAUUCCAAACCACUACGAGCAAAUGCAUACAUGCCUCCGCCCCGAACAUACGAGCCGAAAGGUCCUAGGUACACGAUCAAAGGUCAUACUGUCGGCUGGAUGGGUUGGUCCUUUGAUGUAACAACGAGAAUGAUGCGUGGUCCGGCACUAUUUGACGUGAAGUUCCAGAACCAAAGAGUUUCGUAUGAAAUAUCUCUCAAUGAAAUUGCAUUGAUAUACGCAAGUGAUUCGUUCGAAAGAGAAAAUGUGUUCUUUACUGACGCUAUCUAUGGGAUCGGAUAUUAUUCAGGAACAAUCCCAAGUGUGGACUGUCCUGAACAUGGCCACCUUCUGGAUACUAGCUAUUACGAUGCAAAAACAGGACAAGCCGUUACAACCAAGUCGAUAUGUAUUUUCGAGAGUGAUGGCGAGGGACCACUCUGGCGUCAUAAGGCCAACGGGUACCAGUCUGGCCUAAGAGAUACUUGCCUCGUAGUUCGGAUUGCAUCAACACUUGUAAACUAUGAUUAUGUCGUCGAGUUUCAUUUUAAACUAGACGGCAAGCUCGCUACAAAAAUGAAAGCAACUGGACAAAUUCAGACUUCAUUUUGGGAUGCGGAUAAUCCGAAUCACGGAAAUCUUAGUACUGACGAUAGCCCGAGCGCAAGGGAUCCUUUUGGUUUCCGGAUUGGAGAAUUUUCGCAUGGGAUUAUUCAUGAUCAUAUGUUCGGCUUCAAAGUUGACCUGGACGUUGUUGAUACCAAUAACAGCUUUGAGAUUAUCCACUUUAAAUCUGGAGAAGUGGCUGAUGCUUUCAGAAAGAUUAAUCCGUCCAUAACGAAAAAACCCAAGUAUUUUCGCUACAACCAAACUCGAUAUAUAGAGUAUGAAACUGUUCAAAUCGAGUCUGGAUUUAGAGUAAACCUAAUGGAGCCGAAAUACUGGACAAUUGUCAACGGUAAUCGUAGAAAUAAAUGGGGCGCAAAGCGUGGCUAUGCGAUUGUCCCGAUGGCAACUGCUACACAAACGAUGGUGGGACGUGCAUCCAGCUAUGAACGUUAUUUCAUUCACAAAAUAUAACUGCGCUGUUACAAAACAGAAGGAAUCCGAACGAUUUUUGAACUCAAUAUUUGACGGUUUUCGAAUGUACAACAUGAAAGGGGACUUCAGUACCUUACUGAACGGCGAAGGCAUUGUAAAUGAGGACAUCGUUAACUGGGUAACGGUUGGUUUCGUUCAUGUUCCAAGCUCGGAAGACAUGCCCAUGACGACUGCAGUCGAGACCGGGUUUGUUCUGAAGCCCUUCAACUUUUUCGAUACCACCGAAGUGUAUGACAUGCCUCAAGUGUACUCUGGAAACGAUGGCGAUGUACAACAUCCACCUGAGUUUACUCCGUGUCUUGAAAAUAAAUAAAUCUCAAAGGAUUGGCAUAAAUACAUGUAUAUGCGAUAGUUGCAACAUGGUCUAUAAGAAAGAACUUGUAACCCAUGUUUGGAGUAGGUUAAUUGAUGUGAGCAAUAUUUGUAAAGACAAAACACAUUUUGCGUUUAUCAAAAUACAAAAAAAAGAUAAUAACUUGUACAUUAUACACCUAUAAUCGCAUUUGAGUUAAUCUUUUAUGCAUUGCAUU